CUCAGUACACACUUCACCACCCAAAGAGAGAAAAAGAAAGAAACUCUGAGUUUUGACACUCUUGAAUGCACACUAACACAUCAGGAGCAAUGCCAGUGUCAGUAGUGUCUCCCUCACCCUCCAUGAAUGAAGAUUUGGAGAGCAACACUACCAAUGAAGAGACAUCUCAUGAGAACUUGUCACGUUCAAUGGUGAAGAGAUCAGAUUCCGUUCUUGUUACAAACAAUAUUAACGCUCGUUUCCAAAUGCUUAGGAUUUUCAUGACCAAUUUGCGAGUCGUAUUACUUGGGACUAAGCUUGUUGUGCUUUUUCCGGCGGUCCCUUUAGCCGUUGCUGCAGAUUUCUAUAAAUUUGGAAGGCCAUGGAUUUUUGCUUUCAGCCUGCUUGGACUAGCACCUUUAGCUGAACGUGUCAGCUUCUUGACUGAGCAAAUUGCAUACUUCACCGGUCCAACAGUCGGAGGGCUUCUGAAUGCAACAUGUGGUAAUGCAACCGAGAUGAUCAUAGCAAUAUUAGCACUUCGCAAGAACAAAGUAAAUGUUGUCAAGUUCUCUCUGCUGGGUUCAGUUCUCUCAAACCUUCUCUUGGUUCUUGGUAGCUCACUCCUCUGUGGUGGCUUGGCUAACCUUAAGAGGGAACAGAGAUAUGACAGAAAACAAGCAGAUGUAAAUUCAUUGCUUUUGUUGCUGGGAUUGCUAUGUCAUUUGCUGCCAUUAUUGUUCAAAUACUCCUUGGCAGGGGGUGAUUACUCUAUAGCCACUUCUACUCUGCAAUUGUCAAGAGCAAGCAGCAUUGUUAUGCUUCUAGCAUAUGUUGCAUAUAUCUUCUUCCAAUUGAAAACUCAUCGGCGAUUGUUUGAUGCACAAGAGGAGGAAGAUGAUGAAGAGAAGGCUGUCAUUGGAUUUUGGAGUGCAUUUACCUGGUUGGUGGGUAUGACACUGGUCAUAUCUUUGCUCUCUGAAUAUGUUGUUGGAACCAUUGAGGCUGCAUCAGAUUCUUGGGGAAUUUCUGUUAGCUUCAUUAGUAUAAUUUUGCUACCAAUUGUUGGGAAUGCUGCAGAACAUGCUGGUUCAAUUAUAUUUGCUUUUAAGAACAAGCUGGACAUAUCCUUGGGUGUUGCUAUGGGAUCUGCAACUCAAAUUUCUAUGUUUGUGGUUCCAUUAAGUGUGAUUGUUGCAUGGAUAAUGGGUAUAAAAAUGGAUCUGGACUUUAAUCUUCUUGAGACUGGAUGUCUUGCUUUUGCCAUUAUUGUUACAGCUUUCACUUUACAGGAUGGAACUUCACACUACAUGAAAGGAGUGGUUCUUACUCUCUGCUACCUUGUCAUUGCUGCAUGUUUUUUUGUUAACAAAACUGCUCAAAUUAACCAACAUCCUAGGACCAGCUUUGGAGCUAAACCAUCUUUUGAAGCUAUCCCCAUUUGAAUUACUUUGUUUCCCCAUGCUGAGAAAAGCAAACUGACCCAAUGGGAUACCUGAAAUUCCUAUGAAACUUACAAAAUUGGAUUUUAUUUUCUUGGUGAAACUUCUGUGCCUUUGAAACUGAGGCUUUGGGACCAGUCAUAAACUAUUACAAAUAGAGAUUUCAAUGCUUUCUGUAAUUCUUUCUUCACAAUAAGGCUGUACAAUGACAUUUUAGGUUUAUAACGAUGCCUAUGUUCUUUUUUCAUUUGUUUUA